ACACUCAUUGCCCUUCUCUCUCUCUUACACUCUCACUCUAGAAAGAAUGCCUCUAUUCUGAAGGCAUUCUUUUGUUCCAAAAUUCUGAACAAGUUUUGAUUUUUUAUUUUAUUUUUGACAGUGUAAAGAGAAAGAAACAGAGAGAGAUCUUGCAUUUUUUUUGUUGAAUUUGAUUUUUUAGAGUGAAAAAAAUGGUUGAAUCAGAACCUAAAUUUUAUAUACCAGAGUCAUUUCAGGUGAACUAUGAUGUGUCAAGUCAAUUUAAGAUGAUUUGGAAUGUGAUGAAAGCACCAUUGAUUGUUCCUUUUUUGAAUGCUUGUGUUUACAUUUCAUUAGCAAUGGCUCUUAUGCUUUUCAUGGAGAGGGUUUAUAUGGGUAUUGUUAUUGUUUUGAUUAAACUCUUCUGGAAGAAACCUGAACAACGUUAUAACUAUGAGCCUCUUCAAGACGAUGAAGAACUCGGUGGCUCUAAUUUCCCUGUUGUUCUUGUUCAAAUUCCAAUGUUCAAUGAAAGAGAGGUGUACAAGGUUUCGAUUGGAGCUGCUUGUGGCCUUUCGUGGCCUACGGAUCGACUCGUGAUCCAAGUUCUUGACGAUUCUACGGACCCUGUUGUUAAGCAAAUGGUGGAGAUGGAAUGCCAACGAUGGGCGAGUAAAGGAAUAAAUAUAACAUACCAAAUAAGAGAAAACAGAGUUGGUUACAAAGCUGGUGCAUUGAAAGAAGGAUUAAAACGUAGCUAUGUUAAACAUUGUGAAUAUGUUGUUAUUUUCGAUGCUGAUUUUAGUCCACCACCUGAUUUUCUCAGAAGAGGCAUUCCUUUUCUUGUUGGAAAUCCUGAACUUGCUCUUGUUCAAGGUCGUUGGCGAUUUGUGAAUGCUAAUGAGUGUUUGUUGACAAGAAUGCAAGAGAUGUCUUUGGAUUAUCAUUUCACAGUUGAGCAAGAAGUUGGUUCAGCUACUCAUGCUUUCUUUGGUUUCAAUGGCACUGCUGGUAUUUGGAGAAUAGCUGCUAUCAACGAAGCGGGAGGGUGGAAAGACAGAACAACAGUCGAAGAUAUGGAUCUCGCUGUCCGAGCAAGUCUUAGGGGAUGGAAAUUUUUGUACCUUGGUGAUCUCCAGGCAAACAGCGAACUUCCGAGUACUUUGAGGGCCUUCAGAUUCCAGCAGCAUCGAUGGUCGUGUGGUCCGGCUAAUCUGUUCCGCAAAAUGGCAAUGGAUAUUAUAAGGAACAAGAAAGUGAAGUUUUGGAAGAAAGUGUAUGUCAUAUACAGCUUUUUCCUUGUUCGUAAAAUCGUAGCUCACAUGGUCACUUUCUUCUUCUACUGUCUCGUAAUUCCUCUCACGAUUUUGGUUCCCGAGGUUUAUGUUCCAAUUUGGGGAGCAGUUUAUAUUCCUUCCAUCAUCACCAUUCUCAACUCCGUCGGAACACCAAGGUCAAUUCACCUUUUGUUCUAUUGGAUCCUUUUCGAGAAUGUCAUGUCUCUGCAUCGCACCAAGGCGACCCUUAUCGGUUUGUUAGAAUACGGAAGGGCCAACGAAUGGGUUGUAACCGAAAAACUCGGAGAUUCCGUUAACAACAAUAAACUCAAAUCUGAUGCUGCAGCCAAGAAGGGCCAUGUCAAAGUUCAAAAGAAAACAAGAUCCAAAUUUAUGGAAAGGCUAAAUUUGUUGGAGCUGGGAUUUGCAGUCUUUCUCUUCUUCUGUGGAUGCUAUGAUUAUGUGCAUGGAAAACACAACUACUUUAUUUACCUCUUCCUUCAAACCUUAACCUUCACAAUUGUAGGAUUUGGUUAUGUUGGAACCAUAGUGUAAAAGCUCUUUUGAGCACAAUCCUUAAAGCGUCAUAAGUGUCUGUGUCGAUAUUGUCGAGUACAAGAAGGGGGGUUGAAUUUCUUCGAACGCUGCAGCAAAUCUACAGUUAAAUUUAGGGGAAGGAGAAGUUCUUUCCAAGUAAGGUUUUCAGUUGUCAUCAAUCAACCAGAUACAAAUAAUGAUCAAUGAAGUACAAUAGCUUGAAGACAAUCAUGAAGAUCUAUCAAAAAAGUGCUUAAAUUUUUAGAGGUUUUAGACUGUUAGAUAGUGUGGUUUUGUUUGCAUAGAUUGUUUUGUGAGAUUUUUACAGUUAUAUAUUUGUUGGUCUUUUAUUUAUUAGUUUUACUAAAUUUGUGACAAUGAAUAAUUUGGUGGAUAAAUUAUGCACUUUUGAUA